AUGAGGUCCCAUCUAUUCUCGCUACUAUUAGCAGUUGCAGCAGCACUGCUGCAACUACUCCCAUCGGAUGCCUUUGUCAUUCGACACGGUACUCGUGAGAGUGGUGCUGCUCCUACCCAUGCAUCUGCUGUGGCUCCAUACGCCACUCCCAACCGUCGCACUCAAAAAUUGUCCAUGGCCAGCACCGAGGAAACGCUGCAAGAAAUUGGUACCAUGAGAAUUGGAGCGUUGAAACAAGAGUUGGAGAGCUAUGGGAUCAACACCAAACAGUUUUUGGAAAAGAGCGAAUUGGUGGAUGCACUCACCAAGGCACGGGCGGAUGGAUUGAAACCCAAGGCCAAAGCUACUACUACUACCACCACGACAACUACCACCACCACCAAGACGGAAUCCACAUCCACCAAAAAGAAAGACGACGAGGACAAGCGACCACGGGAAGAACGUCUCCAAGAAGAACUGGCCAAAUGUCGAGAAAUGAAAAACUCGGAACUCAAGAAAGAAUUGACGGAACGAGGGAUUUCUACAGUCAGCUUUUUCGAAAAGAGCGAAUUUGUACAGGCACUGGCAGAUGCCCGUGUCGAUGGUGUCACCAAGUCCAGUGGUGGCAGUGGUAGUAAUGUCGAUGAAGAAGGAUAUGCCGAGUAUGAUAAUGUCGAAGUUUUGACAGCCGACGAUGCCGGUCCAAGACCAAAGGGAGGACAACAGCAGCAGCAGCAACAACAACAAUCACCCUUUGGUGGCGGCAGCCCGUUUGGAGGAGCAGCUGGUGGAAUGGGUGGAAUGGGAGGCAUGGGAGGCAUGGGAGGCAUUGCCGAUAUGCUCAAAAACAUGGGCGCCGGUGGCGCAGCGGCUGGUGCCAGUCCCUUUGGGGGUGGUGCCAAUCCGUUUGCAGGAGCAGCGGGCGGCGCAGGUGCCAAUCCGUUCGGAGGAGGUAUGGGAGGUAUGGGUGAUGCCAUGGGCAAAGCACAAGAAAUGAUGAAGAACCCCAAGAUUAUGGAGCUCAUGGCCAAGGCACAAUCGAAUCCGAAAAUGGCAAAAAUCAUGCAGGAAUGCAUGUCCAAUCCCAUGGCCAUGUCCAAGUAUCAGAAUGAUCCAGAAGUCGCAGAGCUCAUUGCAGAGCUCAAAAAGAUCAUGUAG